AUGUCUGUUGGUCAACGCGCAAAACUUACAAUCAGCUCCGAUUUGGGUUAUGGAGAAAAAGGAAUUCCUGGAACGAUUCCACCAAAUUCAACUUUGGUUUUUGAUGUUGAAUUGCUUGCUGUCAAAUAA